AUGAAAUUAGGACAAUUGAUGAGUUUAGGUUAUUACCUUAGCAGAAGAAACGGCGGUAGAGAGGGGGUAGGACGAUGCGACGGCGCAGGGGUGGAGGAAUCGCGGCGGCAAGGAGGAAUCAGUGGUGGAGGAAUCGGUGGUGGAGGCCACAGGGGAGGCCGGCGCGGUGGUGGAGGAAGGCACAGGGAGGCCGGCGAUAAUGGGGGAACGACGGCGGAUGACUGGGAACGGCUGACGGGGGCGGAUGGAGUGGUGAAGGAGGUGGUGUCGCAGUGGAGUUAG